GCACUUGGUCGGCGGCCAUGACUCAAUUCAGUUUACAAGAUUCCUUUUAUUCACUUACACUACGUAAACUUUGCAAUCUGACCGAAAAAUUCAAAGUCCUGUAAAGCAACGAUUUCUAAUGGUCAAUAACAAGAUAUCAGGACUGGAAAUAAUUUUUUCACUUGGAAAACUUUUUCCUUCCUAUAUUUAUUAUAAAAUCUCAUUAAAAUCACGCACAGAACCGCACACUAUAGCGCACGAAUGAUGAAAAGAAACGACGAGUUCACAAAUUGCCCGCUCGUUCGUAUGUUGUGCUUUGGAGAACGAGCGCGAAAAAUUCAAUUCAUUCGUUACAUGUAGGGGUUGCCGUGUCAAAAUAAAUGGUAAGUGUGUAAAUAAUUUGAAUUUAUUGAAUACAAAAUUUAGAUAUUAUCACUUUCUAUGUAUAUGUAUAUUUAUAUUUAAGAACUUGAUAAAACGUAACAAUGAUAAUAAUAAUAAUAAAGAAAAAUAAACAUUACAUAAAUAAAAACAAACAAUUACGGCAUUAUGAUCCUGCCAAACGUUGCAUAUUACUCCAUAAACGUAGUGAAAUAUGAUAUAAGAGUUCAACCAAACUUAAUAUAGAGAACCCCAUAAAUAGACCAAAAAUACCUCCGCAAUUAGCCAAAAAAUCAGUUACACCAUACAACUCAGAUCGCUUAGAUGUUAUAAACUGAUGCUCUUUAAAGUAUAUAGAGAGACGAGACAUUUGUGAUCCAGGAAAGUCUUUAAAAAAUGAAGUAUCGCCAGUUGCUUUUAACAUAUCUUCUAGAUCGAAAUUUCCAUGUGAAAUUUCAGUAUUGUAGACAAGUGAAGUACAAGCCGGCAAACAAUUACAUUGUGUGGCGCCUAAAUAAUUCAAAUGAGAUUCUUUUAGACCCUGUCGAAAUUCACGUAAAAGCAAGACAUCUUCGGCCCUGUCGUAACAAGAGAUUUUAUUCUCCGCACAUACUGGCAUAUCUAAAGUGCGAGGCAUCGAAAACUUCACACACCCACAAUUAGCUAGAGUUAAAUUUGUUAAACAUUCCAAUACACAAUUAUUUUGUGUAUACACUUUAAAGAAUCUGAGUGUACGCUCAUGUUCUAAAAAGCAUUGACGUCUUAGUGAGGGAUAUUCUGCAAUUCCUGCUGACGUUGUGAUCAUAUUUGGUUUAACAGCAAUUACCACUUCUUUUCCCAUAGGAAUGCGCACAAACUGAUUUGAAACUUGCGGGACGUCAUCGGGUGAGUGUAGUGAUACUUUGAAGCCUUGUAUUGGACCACGACACGUAUAGUCUACUUCUUGACGAAAACUCUGUAACGCAAUAAAAAAUCCUGCCCGAGCUCCAGCGCCUAAAACCCGUGCCGGAUAUGUUUUAAUUCCACUAUCCACUGUAUAGCCAUUUUGCAAGGACCACUUUAGGGGCCUUUUUAGAAUUAGAUUAUGCUUAGAAAAGUUUUGAAAUCCAACUCGGUGAUACUGAAAAGUGUCUUCCCGAUACAAAUCUGUUGCGUUGAGACCGUUAAACGUAUAACAUAUGCCUUCAUUUGUGUAAGUAGGUGUAAAAAGUUCAUCGCAUUCACCAAAAUGACUAAACCAUUUACAAUAGUAAUAAUAUCUAUUAAACUCCGGUUGCAUAUUUUCCAAAACUCUGAAGUAAUCUAUAAGAUGAGUAGAAAUAAUUGGAGUACCAUGUUCUACUAAUUGCGGAUUACAGAUAUGAAGAAGCGUACGGAAUUCUUCCAAAUCCACGCGACUAAUAUUUUUUGGUAUAAAAAAUCGCCUCGCCUUUACGUGUUCCCGAAAACUUUUUAAGAAUUGACCAUAAGUUACACCUAAAAAAAAUUAAGAUCAUAAUCGUUCGAUUAAUAUAAUACUAAACCAAUUUAUUACAAACCCUCUUUCCUAGGAAUCCUUUUGGUUUCAGAACAUAUAGUAAUCGCCGGAAAUGGUAUGCUCCAAACAGGUGUGGAUUUUUCAGAAAAACUAACUAUCACUGGAGUUUCAUUCCAUUUUAUAUAAAUAUUAUGUAUUAAAUUUGAACAACAGUAUAUUGAAGCCAAAAAAACACAUAACCAGAAAAUCUUCUCUAUUAAAGGACGACGUUCUCCAAAGUAUUGGAUUCCAUGAAUUGAUGUGUUAGCACAGUACUCGAAGUAUAUUUGUUUAAUACUUCUCCCAAGUUUUUUAUAAUGUGGAAUAUGUCGGGCUGAAUCUAGUUCUUUUGAAUCCAGUGUAGGCUGUUUAUUAUUACUUAUGAUCAUAUGGCUCAUUUUAAAAUAGGACACUUUACGAAAUGGAAAAAAUAUAAAAAUUAUUAAAAUGAACCGGUAACGGUAUAAAACAAACAGAUAAUCUCUGCCAUAGAGUGCCCAAACUAAACUUUUUCUGUGUGUUUCGUCAUCACCAGCAAGAAGUUCACGCUGGGGAUAUAUUUUGUUUUUCUCAUGCGAACUACACUUUUUUUAUUUUUGUAAAUCGCUAAACAAGAUCCAAUUUAUCUUUGUUAUGCUUGUUUAUUAUGAUAAAUAAAAAUAAAUAGCGAUAAGUGUAAGCUACAUAUUUUUUUAACUGUGUAAAUAUGGCGAAACAUUCGCGAUACAAAAUUUAUGACGUUUAGCAAAGUUGGCAAGGCAAAAAUAACAACAAAAAUAACGACGAGAUCAAAAUGUUUAUUUAUCAUCUGUGAAACAGAUUAUCCCUACUGUGAAGUGUUAAAAGAUUCAGUUUGGUAUUUUGUGCUUCAUUGUAAGAAUUUCAGAGUUAAUGAUAUUUAUUCUACUAUAAUGCCAUACAAAGCUUGUGUUUAUAAAGGCUGCGAAAAUUACACAUAUGAUUGCGCACCUUGUGGCAAUAAAAAAUUUACCCUUUUUGCAUUCCCAAAAGAUCCUGUUCGUUAUGAACAAUGGAUGAAAAGAGGUAAAGUUACCGAUAGAUUGCCGGAAACACAAAUGCUAAUGUGUUCCGACCAUUUUGAAGGAAAAUUUAUUGUAAGAAACGCCCGGCGAACAAUGUUGACAAGCACAGCGGUGCCGCUUCCGUAUCACGAAGAAAGCGUUGAUAUUGAGGAAGCCGAGGAUAAUAUUGAGAGGGAAUGUGAAGUUGGGCUAGUUAAAGUAGCUGAUGCUUUAGACACAGAAAUGGUGUUUUCAAUUCAUGGUGACCUAAAUGAUAGUUCUACGCUCAUUAGAGUUAAAGAAAGUGGUUGUGAGGAUGAUGAUGAAGAUGGAUUGUUGGAGUAUGAUAGAAUAGAUAAUAACUUGGAUGCAGAAUACUGUGUUGAAUCUACAACAAUGAAGGAUGUUGAUGAUGUACAGACAGAAGUGAAAGACAUGUUUGCCGUAGACAGAGUUUAUGAAGAUGAACAUUUGUCAGGUAUAAUAAGACAUCCAGAGCAAAAAGAAAUUUCCUUCAAGGGUUUAAAAACCAAUAGUAUUAAAAGGCGCAUAACACAUUCGAGCACCGAUGAAACACAAGAACCCUCUAGCUCUAAAGUUAUCAUAUCGAAGUUUAAUAACUUAAAUAACAGUUACGAUCAUGGUAGAACAGUUUCCAAACGCAAAAUAAACCAAAGAAGCGGGGAUAAUAACAAAUACUUUAAAGCAAAAAUCCAAAAAGAAAAUGAAACACGUCAGGACUCUCCAAAAAUAAAUUCGGAAACCUUGGUGAAUGCGGAAGCUGUUACAUGCUUCAUUUUUAAAGGUGAAGAAUACGUACAAAUGCCUAAGGAGUAUUACAUACAGGAAAAAUUGGAGCUUAUGGAGAAAUUGAAAAAUUACGAAAAUAUUUUACGAACAUUUAAACAAAACUUACUUAACUUGGAUUUGGCAUAAAGUAAACAAAUUUGGAGCUACGAUUUCUUUAUUAAAAAAUAUUGUAGUUUUCAAUUCAAGACUCACAAAACAGCAAAAUAUAUAAAGAAUAUGUUACAAUUAAUAAUUCAUGGCGAAUAAAAAGUACAAAAUUUACAUUGUUUCUUUAUUUUAACGAAUAAUAAAGAAUUAAUGUAAUUUGUUGUAGUUUUUACUUGGAUGAAGGCUAAAUUGAAUAUAUCAUUUCACCAUUACAUAUUAGUUAUUAAAAUACAAAAAAAAAACUUUAAAUAUGUAUAUGUAAAUGGUUGUUAGUUGGAUCUACUACAAUGGAUAUAAAUAGAAUUAAUUAUUCAACUCGAAAAGAAUGUGUGAAAUCGCACCACUUGACUCCACAUUACUCAAUGCUAUAUUGGAUAGAUGCGGUUCAUAACGCCGUAAAUUGCGUUUUGCUGUGCUGGUAUAGGUAACCAAAUUUCUUAAUAUCAAUGCGGCGGUUAACCGUAUGCUUUUCGUUACCGGACCUUCAUUUUCAUCCAUUACCUCUUUGACGUAGUCGGCUGUGUGCCGCUUGAUAGCGUUCAUAGCUGAACUAGUGGCGACGCCGAUUCCAUACAGUUGUGAACCAGAUGAGGACGAUGAUGUCGAUGGCGCUGGCGAGGCGGUAUUGUUACGUUGCGCCUGCGCUUGUGCCGCCUCAACAUUGCGUACUAUAGUUACCGGUGCUUGCGUUGGCUGCAAAUUGACUGUGCCUGUUGCUACUCGUCGUUGCGCAGCGGCAUGUAAACUAUCGGUCGUCAAGUGACGAUCUAUUAUGUGUGUCAUAAGUGAAUAACGUUUGCGUGGUAUGCCAUCGCAAAGACCUGGACCAACGCCCCACUGGCAGAAAAUUUCCGCAGCCGGAUCCAGAUGAUCCGGGCAAUGCACCGUAAACGCAUGAUGCUGCAAAUCAUUAAGAGAUUUGUAUUUACGACGCGGACAGUUGCGCCAAUCACAAACAUAUAA